UCAUCAACCAUCAACUUCACACAAGACAUUCUUUCGACCGUUUUAAUAUAGUGAGUGCAAGUGCGCAAAUAUGAGUUCAUUUAAAUUAGUGAGCUGUACACUUGCACUAUGUUGUUUACUCAACGGAUCUCUCGGGGGACAGCUCGCUAAGCGUGACGCGCCUCUAUCUGGAGGAUAUCCUUCUGGCGGCCCGGCCAAUAGUUACUUGCCCCCAGGAGGUGCGUCUCAACCCUCGGGAAGCUACGGAGCUCCUUCAGGAGGUUUUGGAGGAUCGGGAGGUUUUGGUGGUGCUCCCUCUCAAAGCUACGGUGCCCCUUCGGGUGGCUUUGGAAGCUCUUCCUCGUUCGGUAAAUCGGGCGGAUUUGGAGGGGCUCCCUCUCAAAGCUACGGCGCCCCAACUGGGGGCUUUGGAGGUUCUUCGUCUUUUGGUAAAUCAUCAGGAGGUGCACCUUCCCAAAGCUAUGGUGCUCCUUCAGGAGGUUUUGGAAGCUCAUCCUCUUUUGCUAAAUCAGGAGGAUUUGGUGGUGCUCCUUCCCAAAGUUAUGGUGCUCCUUCGAGAAGUUUUGGAGGUUCAUCCUCUUUUGGUAAAUCAGGAGGAUUUAGUGGUGCUCCUUCCCAAAGCUACGGUGCUCCUUCGGGAGGUUUUGGCGGAAAAUCUGGCGGUUUUGGUGGUGCUCCAUCUCAGAGCUAUGGUGCUCCUUCGGGAGGUUUUGGAGGAAAAUCUGGCGGAUUUGGAGGUGCUCCUUCUCAGAGCUAUGGUGCUCCUUCGGGAGGUUUUGGAGGUUCAUCUUCUUUCGGUAAAUCUAGCAGUUUUGGAGGAGCUCCUUCCCAAAGUUACGGUGCUCCAUCUGGAAGUUUUGGCGGCUCUUCCUCUUUCGGUAAAUCAGGAUCUUUCAGUGGCGGUUUUGGCUCAGGAGCUCCUUCUCAAAGUUACGGUGCUCCUAGUAGGUCUCAACCUCAAACUAACUAUUUGCCACCAUCAACCAGUUAUGGCACUCCAGUAAGCUCCUCUUCCAAAAGCUCUGGAUCGUUCGGAGGUGCUCCUUCUCAGAGUUACGGUGCUCCAUCUCAAGGACAUGCUCCUUCUCAAAGCUACGGAACUCCAAGUCGUUCAUUCAGCCAAGCUCCUUCUCAGAGUUACGGUGCCCCGUCUCAAGGGCAUGCGCCUUCUCAAAGUUACGGAGCUCCCCAACAAUCUUACUCUGCCCCUAGUCAAAGUUACGGAGCGCCUUCUGGUGGUAUUGGACGUGGUCACGGCGGAUCUGGUGGCGGUCAUGGCGGUUUUGGAGGACAAGGACAAGGUUUUGGAGGUGGUAGGAGUCAACCUUCUCAAAGCUACGGCGCUCCUGCUCCUUCCCAAAGCUACGGAGCGCCUUCCGCCGGUGGUCAACAGUACGCAAGCAAUGGAGGAUAUUCAUAUUAAAGAUUCAGGACCGAUUGUACAUAGAUUUUUAAUUUAUUAAGGAAUGUGCAGUAUUAGUACUAACCAGAUUUUGUAUAAAUAAAAUGCUUUUUUAUUUAG